AUGAAUUUCCCUGAAAAUCUGCCCCUUACAGUGUCCCUUUUGGCAAUCACAUUCUUUGCCUAUACCCAUGCUGCUACUUUUGACAUUGUAAACCAAUGUAACUACACUGUCUGGGCAGCUGCCUCGCCCGGUGGUGGUCGAAGACUCGACCAAGGCCAAUCAUGGAGUAUUAGCAUUGCCCCAGGCACUACCCAGGCCAGAAUCUGGGGACGUACUAAUUGUACCUUCGACGCAAAUGGUCGCUGCCAAUGUGAAACGGGAGACUGCAAUGGGCUACUCGAAUGCCAAGGUUUUGGUAGACCUCCUAAUACCCUAGCUGAAUUUGCCCUUAAUCAGCCUAAUAACAUGGACUUCUUCGAUAUCUCGAUUGUUGACGGAUUUAACAUCCCAAUGGAGUUGAGCCCCACCGACAAUGGCUGUCGCCGUGUGAUAUGCAAUGGCCCUAUCGUGGAACAAUGUCCUGACGAACUACAUAGUCCUGGCGGCUGUAACAACCCGUGCACAGUUUUUAACAUCAACGAAUAUUGUUGCACUGAAGGACCUGGAACUUGUGGCCCGACAACAUUUUCGAGGUUCUUUAAGGAUAGGUGCCCGGAUACCUAUAGCUACCCGCUGGACGAUCAGACAAGCCUGUUCACUUGCUCUGCUGGUACCAACUACCGUGUUGUCUUCUGCCCGUGA